AUGCAACGCAAUAGUUUAGUAAAUAUCAAACUAAACGCUAAUUCGCCAUCGAAAAAGACCACAACAAGACCAAAUACGUCCAGGAUCAAUAAACCAUGGAGAAUAUCCCAUUCGCCGCAGCAAAGAAACCCGAAUUCAAAAAUACCUUCACCUGUAAGAGAAAAAUUGAACAGAUUACCUGUAAACAAUAAGAAGUUUUUGGAUAUGGAAAGCUCCAAAAUUCCAUCACCUAUAAGGAAAGCGACUUCUUCCAAAAUGAUACACGAAAAUAAGAAGCUACCUAAAUUUAAAUCCCUAUCACUCGAUGACUUUGAACUGGGGAAGAAAUUAGGAAAGGGUAAAUUCGGUAAAGUUUAUUGCGUUCGGCACAGGAGUACAGGAUAUAUUUGCGCACUGAAAGUAAUGGAGAAGGAAGAAAUAAUAAAGUAUAAUUUACAGAAACAAUUCAGAAGGGAGGUAGAAAUACAAACAUCGCUAAAUCAUCCGAAUCUAACUAAAUCAUACGGCUAUUUUCAUGAUGAAAAAAGAGUGUACCUGCUAAUGGAAUACUUAGUCAAUGGGGAAAUGUAUAAACUAUUGAGGUUACACGGACCCUUCAACGAUAUUUUAGCAUCAGAUUAUAUUUAUCAAAUUGCCAAUGCCCUAGAUUAUAUGCAUAAAAAGAAUAUUAUUCAUAGAGAUAUUAAACCUGAAAAUAUACUAAUAGGGUUCAAUAAUGUCAUUAAGUUAACGGACUUCGGAUGGAGUAUAAUAAAUCCGCCAGAAAAUAGAAGGAAAACUGUCUGUGGGACAAUUGACUACCUUUCUCCAGAAAUGGUGGAGUCAAGGGAAUAUGAUCACACUAUAGAUGCAUGGGCUCUUGGCGUCCUGGCGUUUGAACUACUGACCGGUGCCCCUCCGUUCGAAGAAGAAAUGAAAGAUACUACAUAUAAAAGGAUAGCAGCACUGGAUAUCAAAAUGCCCAGUAACAUUUCUCAGGAUGCGCAAGAUUUAAUACUUAAACUACUAAAAUACGACCCCAAAGAUAGAAUGCGCCUUGGAGACGUAAAAAUGCAUCCUUGGAUACUAAGAAACAAGCCCUUUUGGGAAAAUAAGCGGUUAUAG